AUGGUUAUCUCAGUCUACAAGCGUACAGUGUCCCCAGCCAUAGGCGACAAAACCGCUACCAGUAAAAAUGGAAAUAUUAUUGUCAAAAGGCCAAAGCUCGAUGAGCCUAUGUAUCCACUUCCUCUGCCAUUUCGCCAAACGCCCAGCCCUGUCAUGGUUAGUCAGUCCUACUUGCAAAAACUAAUUACGGAGCGUUGGGAGGCGGAAUUGAAGAAUUGCGAGCAUGCAAAAAAGUUGCAGCUCUUGGAAAUGGUGCCGGGUCCAGCUCUUACCUUACUGCAAGCAAACUUGCAAAGACUCAUUGUAGAGCGCUGGGAGGCAGAAGUGAGGCGCUGUGAGGAGGCCAAACGGGCGCAACUGUUCAAAUUAGUGCUUGCUGCCCAUGGUAUAUCGAGACUAGUGUAG